UUCCGUGGGCCGACAAAACCACCCCAAAUUGGCCCGAAAGCUGCCUCCUUUUUCCUCCUCCUAACCACCGCUCCGGCCUCUCCAUCUCCCGCCGCUCGCCGUCGCCGCCGCCGCCCGCCAUGUGGAAGCGCGCGACCUCCGUCCUCCUCCACCACCGCUCCGCCCUCACCCGCCGCUCCCCGGCGAUCGGCGGCGGCGUCCUUCCCCGUGCUCUCUUCUUCUCCACGCUCGAUGCGGCGCAGGCGAGGACGAGGGUGGAGGACGUGAUGCCGAUCGCCACCGGGCUCGAGCGCGAGGAGAUCGCCGCCGAGCUCCAGGGGAAGAAGAGGUUUGAUAUGGACGCGCCCGUCGGGCCCUUUGGUACCAAGGAAGCUCCAGCUGUUAUUCAGUCAUACUACAACAAAAGGAUUGUUGGUUGUCCCGGUGGUGAAGGAGAGGACGAGCAUGAUGUCGUGUGGUUUUGGUUGGAGAAAGGCAAGCCACAUGAAUGCCCUGUCUGCACUCAGUAUUUCUCGCUUGAGGUGAUAGGAGAAGGAGGAGAUCCUGAUGGGCAUGACGAUGACGACGAUCACCACCAUCAUUAAGGUUGCAGAAGUCACCUCUAGCAAUAAAAACACUGGAUAUGGCCAUAUCCAUGUCAACUCUCAAUUCAGAUGACUUGGAGCAGCAGUGGAUUUUGGAAAAACAAAGUUUGUCUUUUUAGAGAUUUGUUCAUGCAAAUAACAGGAUUCAGUAAACAAUGAUAUGCAAUUCUCUUUUUCAGCACACCUUAGUCGAAUUCAAAAUAGGUAUGUUUGUUUGUUUGUCUUGAUGGAUGAUUCCAUGUUCAAUGGCCACCUGGACCAUUUAUUUUGGUGUAUGAUCUGUUAUCUGAACAUUUCACAAACCUUGGUCCUGUUCAAUUCAGUUUAAACAAAUGAAGUCAGCAUUCUGAUGAUC